CUUCUUACUUAUAUCAAAAUGACGACUGAGGAAAUAGAUACACCCAAUUGUAAAGGUUGUUUAAACAAGAUUGACGAAGGUGCUGUUGUUUCGUUUGGUGACUCGUUAUUUCAUGUGAAAUGCUUCAACUGUGCCAAAUGUGGACAAAGUGUAGAUAAUAAAGCAAAUUUACUGUUGCUGGAAGACGGUAGACCUGUUUGCGAUAACUGUUCAUAUAACUGUGCUGCUUGUCAUAAAGCGAUUCAGGAUGAGGCCAUCAUGACAGGCAGUAAAGCAUAUCAUGGCAAUUGCUUCCAAUGUAUAGCUUGUAAAAAGACAAUUGAAGAUUUGAUUUUCACUCAAACCGCCAAGGGCAUUUAUUGUACAGCAUGUUAUGAUUUACGAAAAGCAGAAAAACAGAAAAGAAAAAAUAAGUCCAAACCUAUAGAAACGCAAGCCCUACCUACUCCUAUACGUUCAAGAAGUAAUUCACUCAAAAAAUCAAAAUUGACAGCAACAGAAUCAACCACCAGUUUGUUCUCUGAUUUUACACUUGAUUUUUUUGAUAACGAGUCAAGCGAAUUGGCUAAUUUAUCAGAUUCUCUUGGCGUCAAUCUAUCGUUGAAUUUAGAUCAAGAUAAAAACACAACCACACAAUCCAGAUUAAAUAGAGCAUCUGAAAUUCUGCAGUCUUCAUUACGCUCAUCAACAAUCGUACAACCUAGUUCACCCUCAUUCAUUCCUCCUUCUUCUUCUGAUAUAAACAAACUCAAACAAGAGCUCGCAGAAUCACAGUCUAGACUAAAGGAAUUAGAAACGAGUUACAAAUCAUUACAGGAUGCAAGUCAGCAAGCCCUGAAUGAAUUCAAAAGUCUUCAACAAGAUUUUGCCCGUGAAUCCAGUAUUCAGAAGCAACAAGAAUUGACAAUUGUUUCUCUACUACAAAAGAAUGGUGGCGUCUUGUCUAGAAAAGAAAUAGAUCGAGUAGCCAUGCUGAGAGUAGAGCUGGAGCGUACUUGUGUAGAAAUAAUUAAUUAUCGAGACAAAAUUGCCAGUUCAAUUGAUGAAAGUCCUUUACUGGCUAAUUAUCAAAAGAGUCUCAAGACACAAAUCAAAUCACUUGUCCAAGAAAGGGAUUUACUACAGACACAGACAAAAAGCCUAAGAGCAACAAGAGACCAAGUCAUACACGAUAUAGUCAAACAUAACGCACAAGAAGAAUCAAUUAUUGUUACUUCACCCACUAGUGAUUCUCCUCCUCUUUCACCUUCUCAAUCAAGCGAUAAUGCCAGUUUGUUAAGCACACGUCCUCGCAAAGAAUCCGAUGCCAGUUCUAUUUUGUGUAGAGUGUCUUCUCGAGGCAGUUUUAUAUCCGACCAAAAACCAACACUGCUACGACUUAAAAAGAAAGGAAGCGCCAUGUUUAGUAGAUGGAAAGAACCAAAGUCUAAACAAGAAGGCAUUUAUGGCAACAGUCUUUUCAACAGUAGUCUACAAAGCCUAUCAUCUGUUUCAACCCACGAAGGUGGAUCAUGGGGAAGAUCGUCUGCUAAGGAGAAAGGAUUUAUAGACUCUUCUGCUUCUUUACAUAUGGUAUCAUCCAACAAUAGUAGUAUGAGUUUAAGUGAACAUGCAUUCCAGCCUAUGUCAUUUAUUCGACCUGUCAAAUGUGGUGUCUGUGGCGAUAAGAUUUGGAGUCGAUCAGAAUACCGUUGUGAAUGCUGUGGAUUUUGUUUACAUACACGGUGCUUAAAUAAAGCACCUCAACAGUGUCCAGGAAGCAACAGUACAUUUGACCUCUCACUGGAUAUGCAGCCAUCUGUAAGUUCUUCCAGUCUUCAGUCUAAUAUAGAUACCAAAAAGUCACUUCCUGAAAACAGCAUGUUUGGUUGUGAUCUUGUACAGCGUGUUCAACUUGAAAACCGGUCAACACCGCUUGUGGUUGAAGAGUGCAUAAAAGAAGUAGAAAAACGAGGUCUAGAUUUUGAAGGGAUCUAUAGAAAAUCAGGGGGAGCAGCCCAGAUUCGGGCCAUUCAACUUGCGUUUGAUCAAGGUGAGCAUAUCAAUUUGAGUGAUGAAGACGAAUACAACGAUAUUGGUGCUAUUACCAGUGUCCUUAAGCAAUAUUUCAGAGAACUACCAGAUCCUUUGUUUACAUUUGCACUUUACGAUACGUUGAUUGAUAUUUCUUCAAUGCGCCAUGAUGAGCAUAAAAUAGAAGCCAUGAAGAACGCAUUAUCUAGACUUCCUAAGGAACACUACAAUACCAUUGCUAUGCUGUUUAGACACCUUUAUCGUGUCUUUCAACAUGCAGACCAAAAUCGAAUGUCAAUCAAAAACUUGGCCAUGGUGUUUGCACCUACUUUGAUGCGACAUAAUGACCCAUCCAGAGAUUUCCUUGAUAUUAGCUACAAGAAUGCUACUAUCGAAUACAUUCUCUUACAUUUAUCAGAGUUAAUACCUGAACACUGAUGUACU